UGCGGUCUAUUUGUGGGAUUGUCAUCAAACAGCAAAAUGUAUUCCAAAGCUAUCGUGUCCUUUGCUUUCCUAGCCAUGGCAAUCGCUGAGAGACCUAGAGUUGGUCUCCAGAUGCCGCCUAUUUUGCCACCUUUUUCUCGCUCGAUCUCGUCACAAGUGGUUGGAGGUAAAGAAGCAGGAGUAGGAAGUUAUCCGUUCAUAGUUUCCCUCCAAAUGUUCUCCCAACACUUUUGCGCCGGAUCCAUUUUGAACGAAAAAUGGGUUAUAACAGCAGGGCAUUGCGUUAUCGCCGUUCCUACUUUAAGCAUUCUUCUCGUCAAGGCUGGAAAAUACAAUCUUCAACUUAUAGAGGACACCGAACAAACAGCCAAAGUGGUGCAAGCUCACAUACAUGAAAAUUAUAAACAUGGUGUUGGCCCAUAUGACAUUGGUCUACUUAAGCUUGCAUCUCCAUUUAAGUUGAACAAUAACGUACAAGCCAUCGAAUUAGCACCCCCAGGAAAUGAACCAACUGGAGAGGCAUGGCUUUGUGGAUGGGGCUCUAUCUCGACUACCAAUUAUCCAAUAAUGCCAAAUAAACUUCAGCAUGUUAAAAUGGAGUACGUCAAUCGCACUACUUGCCACGAAUCCGUCAAACGUCUAACGGGAUCUUCUCGUGUUCAUGAAACUAAUAUAUGCACUGGGUCACUGUACGAUAAAAUCUCGGCAUGCAAAGGUGACUCCGGUGGUCCAUUAAUUUCGCAUAACGGAAAAAAAUCGGUGCUUACUGGAAUUGUAUCUUGGGGUAUUUUGCCAUGUGGUACUUUAGGCGCGCCAUCCGUAUACACUAGGAUAUCUAAAUUCAAUAACUGGAUUGCACAGAAAAUUAAUCUACAUUUCAAUUAUGUUUGACGACAAUAUUGACAAUAUAUAUGAAUG